UCUCCCCACAUACUCCAGUGUCCUCAUGUCCCUCCAAUGUCCCCACGUCCCCUCAGUGUCCCCAUGUCCUCCUGUGUCCCCAUGUCCCCUCACCUCCCCAUGUCCCCACAGUGUCCCCAUGUCCCCUUACCUUCCCACAUCCCCCAGUGUCCCCAAGUCGCCUCACCUCUCCAUGUCCCCAAGUGUCCCCAUGUCCUCCUGUGUCCCCACGUCCCCUCACCUCCCCACGUCCCCGCAGUGUCCCUGGCGGUGCUCACCAACACCCCAACACUCCGGGUCCGUGUGGGGUCCCCCACCCACCUGCACUGCGCCUUUGCCGCCCCCCCGUCCCCCUUUGUCCUCGAAUGGCGUCACCAGAGCAGGGGUGCGGGUCGGAUCCUUCUGGCCUAUGACAGUUCCACCGCCCGCGCCCCCCACACCACCCCUGGGGCCGAACUGCUGCUGGGGACACGGGGUGGGGACGGGGUGACGGAGGUGACGCUGCGCCUGGCAAGGCCAUCACCAGGGGAUGAGGGCACCUACAUCUGCACCGUGUUCCUGCCCCAUGGGCACACGCAGACGGUGCUGCAGCUCGACGUCUUUGAGCCCCCCAAGGUGACGCUGUCCCCAAAGAACCUGGUGGUGACCCCAGGGACAUCAGCAGAGCUGCAGUGCCACGUGUCUGGCUUCUACCCCUUGGAUGUGACAGUGACGUGGCAGCGCCGCGCGGGGGGCUCGGGGCCAUGGCGAUCGCCGGGGGGCACAGUGAUGGACAGCUGGACAUCGGGCCACCGCCGGGCUGCUGAUGGAACCUACAGCCGGACAGCGGCAGCACGGCUGAUCCCCGCACAUCCCCAACACCACGGGGACAUCUACAGCUGCGUCGUCACCCACACCGCACUGGCCAAACCAAUGCGCGUCUCCGUCCGACUGCUCGUGGCUGGCACUGAGGGGCCGCACCUGGAGGACAUCACGGGGCUCUUCUUGGUGGCUUUUAUCCUCUGCGGCCUCAUCCGUUGGCUCUACCCUACAGCUGCACGACCCGAAGAGGAAACCAAGAAAUCACAGUGACCUCCACUCCAGCUCUCAGCACCUCAGCUUCGGAUAGAGUUUUUCACCCCAAAA